AUGUCUGCCUCGCCUUCAGAAUCUCUCGAAUACGAUUACGAGUCGGCACCAGACUCACCUGGUGCUCCUUCCGCACGGCCAUGGAGAUAUCUCGAGCACCCAGACGACGACGAGUGGAUGCGCGGUCCAUCUGAGACGCAGACCUGGCCAAGCUUUGGAGACUUCGUCGUACUCUCGCUAAAUCCCGUCGCUUCUGUUCGGCAUCUGGAUGCUGCAGCUCAAGAGGAGGCUCGCCAGAUUCCUGUGAGGAAGUUUGUGGCUGCGGCCGUUGGGACUGUUGGUCUGCCGAUCGAUGAGAAAGCCCUUCAUCCUUACGACUACCUCUUCGUUCGUCAAGGCAAACCCUCGCCCCGGUUACCCGGUCGUAACCCAGAAGAUGUCUAUGUCGCUAUCGAACCAGAUACAACGACUAACGAAUCGCGUGCACCCAUAUGCCCUGCGCAUCCUCUGCCUUGGCCCGACUGCUACUUCGACCUCACAUGGGGCUUUCCCUACGAGUGCCGCUCUACCAACGUCACGCGCGACUACUUUCCUGUCCUGCCCAUGAAUAACUACGAGCUCCUUCGGGUCCAUCACUACGUACAAGAAGGAUUCGCGUACGCGAGGCAGAAAUAUGGAGCUGACCGACCCGACCCCUUGUCGUUCGUUGACGUUUCCGAAGAUAUCGUGCCAGUUACCCUGAUCCCACCGCAGACAUCACCAAGUGGUCCCCAACAGCUUGAUUCACGUCCAUCUGCGAUCGCAAACGAUGACCCCGAUGACGACGUCUCCAUCAUCGCUAGCGAAGACCAUGCUGAUGAUGACGAUUACUCUAUCUCGGACUCUCACUCCCAAUCCGAUACAGAUGACGAGGAGCUCAACAUGCUUCUGCAGUUCGAAGCUAUGAUGAAGAAUCAGGGCGAUCUGCGAGAUCCAGUUGUCGAUACCUGGUACGACUUGGACAUGGUCGAUGAGAUCACAGACCCUAUCCUCUUCCUACGGGAUGUGAAACGUUUGAAGAGCAUCAUGGAUGCUGCUGAAGCCCGUCUAAGAGCACGAGCAGCUGCGCCACUCCCUCAUGAGAUGCCAACUACCAGCGUGAGAGAUGAUGAUCCUGGCUUGGGAGGCACCCCUGGAGCUGCGCCCUCCCUGGCGCACUCAGGUGCAGACACAGGCUCACACGCGACGUCUCCGCCGGCUAUCUCAACUGACGUGCCUGCUCGAUCCCCUCCCUCGGAUACCUCUUCGAAGCGGAAAUUGUUGCGUUCAUACCUGAAGACUCUAUCGACGAAGCUCGCUGUCCUUGCGACGAUGCGUAUUCGCAAACUCAUUCGUGCCAGUCCCGAGGUAGCGCAGCUCGUGUGCAAGGAAUACCCCGUCUCGUUCAGCAGUCUCAUACCGAGAUGCGCGCUCGCCAUUGGCCGCUUGCUGAAGGUCUCGUAA